GCCUCGUUGCAGCUCAUACUUGGGAUUCACGUAUACGUACAGCAAGCUGCACGGGUUCCUGAACGAUGCGAUCAAACAGACCACCUAUAGUCCACCAGAUCUCAAGAUGGUUGAGAGCGACCAUUACCGGACGUUGGAGCAGGCCAAUCCCCGGGCAAAUGGACCGGCGAUUUCGAUGGUCAAUGCACUUGUUGGAGAUCCACUCCAGCAGCAGCCACAGUCGAGAGACGUGGAUUUCAGAAGAAUGUCGUCGAACGAGAAUUGGCGCGGCGGGCCCAUUGACGCAAGUCACCAGAUGUGGAACACUGGAAACGCCGCAGGGCAGUUUACUGCAGGAUCUGGUCACGUUGGCCAAUUUAUUGACCCGAAUGCGACAACCAGUGGCGCUCCCGGGGGGAGCCACGUCAUGGUAUCCAGUCCCGACAACCUGGCUACAGCCCCCUCUGCUAACCAAGACGUCGAGAUGGGCAACGCACUAGCAUCGUCGCUGACCAAUAAGCGACCGUCGAGUGCAAUGUUCAAUUCCGCCAGCGACGCUGCUAAUUCUGCAGCUCCUCAGCAGCAACAGCAGCAACAGCAGCAAGGACGGCGGACCACGUCAGUAAAGCGUAAGAGCAGUGGACGUGGCCGCAAGUCUGCUAGUAGCGGAAGCCUGAAUGCUACCGCUGCUGCACAGUCUGCGCAAUCCAAUGGCAAAACCGGAGGUACACAGCAGCAACUUGAACAGUUGCAGCGGCUGGAAGAGCUGCGCUCCCGUGUUGUGCUUCUCCAACAGCUCAGCAGCAACUCAAACAGCGCACAUAGCGCUCAGCUUAUCAACGCAGUGUCUGGGCCCAGCAACAUGAACCAGACAAUCGAUGAUGCGUCUGGCACGCCCUCUGCAGCUGCUGUAGCUGCUGCCAUGAAUGCAGUCAACAGCGGAACGAUUCCAGCUAGCGACGUGAAUGGAUUCCUCAGUAGCUUUGCCGCCAGCAUUGGGACGAUGGCUAGCCAGCUUGGGUCUGAUAACAGAUCGGUCGAAAACAGCCAUCAGCAGCAGCAGCAACAGCAGCAGCAUUCAGCGGUCUCGGAGCAAUGGCUGUCGGCAGCGCUGGCAAACCAGAUGAGCGGACUUGGCUGUAUCAGUCACCAGACAUCUGGCGUGCAAACAUCGAGCGUGUCGGCAACUUCUGCACAGCAAGAGCUGAGCCAUAUGAGCAGCUCCGAGUUGCAGACUAUGAUCUCGCAGCUGAUGACGUCGCCACAGCACGAAGCAACGUCAACCUCAGUAACUCAGAAUGCCACAGCAUACGCCACUACUUUGCAGCCGGCUUUCAGACAGCAGCAGCAGCAUUUGGCGAGCGCCGGCACUGAGAUGCAACUCCUUCCCAAUGGCUCGUCUACCACUGCCAGCAAGAAUGACACUCACCAUUAAUCAUUUAUUUCCAUUGCUCUUAGAACUCUCUUUCAUUCUGUAUGUCUUAUACUGCAAUUGCCUCGAUCUUGUUGACAUUUUCUUCAUUUCAUUUCCAAUUUUAUUAACCAGUUUCCAUAUAUAACUCUGCAU